AUGGCGACUGCCGAACCUGGAACUCCCCCUCGGUCGGUCGACGCUUCUCGGGAGGCGCAAUCCGAAGUUGGCCCGAGCGACUCCCAGGAGGGUGCCUGGACUCCCCAGUCUCUCCACUCGUCUCUUCCUAACUCGUCUUUGUGCCUGCGUCUCGCCGUUGCUUCCGCUUCCCGAGAAGGGAAACGAGAUGAGGCCGUGCCGUCUUCGUCCCUUCCCACAACCGACUUUUUGCACUCCUCGCCGCAGGUCUCUUUCCGCGGUCAGCCUCGGCCCAUUGGGACUCCGCGUACUGUCAGCUUCCAACUUCCCUCGCCGCAGUCGUCUCAAUCCUCCGGCCGUCCUCGACUCCCCUCUUCGCGAGGUUCUCAGUUCCUUCCCCAGUCGACUUCGCCCUCUUCUCUGGCGCCCGCGUCGGCGCCCUCACGCUCCGCUUCGCCACGCUAUGCUCCCCUCCAUUCGCCCAGUGCCCCAUGUGUCUCAGGCCGACACACUUGGGCGGUUGAGCCCGGCCGUCCCUUCGGGUACUCGCUUUCUGCGCCGCUUCCACGCCGGUCUUUCGCCCCCCCGGCCGACGGAAAUGGAUCGGAGACAGACGCAGCCGCCCACGGCCUCGCGCGCAAGGCCUCGGACGGCGAGUCCGAUUGCACCGACCAGUUGAACGAAGGCUCGACGGAGUCAGCCUCCUGCUGCAGCGCGCUUUGCAAGGGGUACAACGCGCCAACGAAAUGGGAAGUCCACGCCUUCUUCUCCUGCUCGCUCCUCGCCUUAGCCUGUGUGCUCUUUUGCGUGGGGCAUAUCGCUGCUGGCCUCGCUCUCUGCGCCGUCGCCGCCGUCGCUCUCUUCCUCGUUAGAGCCGAGCGUCACGCCCUCUCGCUCCAUCUCCUCCUCGUCCUCACCGUCUGCGCAUUUGCUCUCGCGACUGCCUGGGCGGUUCGCGAAGGACGCGAAAUCGAGCGCACCGAGCUGCUGCGGAAACAGGAAACACUCUUCACUAAACACCUAGCUGCCCUCGAACAGCGGGCCGAGACCCUCAGGACGUUGGGCGGGGGGACAGAUGCGGAAGUCGCCCGAGAAAAAGAAGAAAUCGAAGAACGAAAACGAACUGCUCUGUCCUUGCUCAGGCGGGCUGCACGCCACACACGGAAAUACCUGACGGCUGCGAAUGGAGAAACAAAGACCACGGAGAGAAGACGGCAAGACCAGUUCCUAGCAAGCUUCGUCGCUGCCGUCUCGCUCCUUUUCGCCUUGUUCCUGUUGAACUUCGCGGUGGCGGGGUACCUCGGCUACUUACCCUUUUACUUCUUCGUGUACCAAAACGUCACGGUAGCCUUCUUUUCCUUCCGCGGCCUGUACGCCGGACUCCUGUGCGGGGCCACGCCAGCCAUCUGUUUCGUGCUCUUCUGCCUGAAAGCGUACGUCGCCGCCGGAGCGCUUCUUCCGCUGCUUAUUCUCGCUCUGGGAAUGGCCGUCGCUUCCCAAGUGACGCCUUGCAGGCGCGCCAGAGCCCGCAAGCGGCCCUCGAGCUCGCCCUCGGAGUCGACGCUCUCGUCGGCUGGGGCGCAGUCUCCGAGCCCUGAGGAGCCCGAGCAGGCGGAGAAGAGGCGUCGGCGAAGCGCACAGGUGCGGCUGACGUUCGAGACGCUGCUCGUGGUUGUCACCGUCCUCACGAUGGCCGUUCAGGGUCUCCUCUUAACCGACUGCGUCAAAGAACGAGGCGAGAAGAACACCGAAGACGCUCCUGGCGGCGCGGAGGCUCAAGACUCAGAGGCCCCCCAGCCCGUCCAGGACGUCCUGUCCCUCUACAGAUCCGAGGCGCUCUUCAGUCUUCUUCUCUGCCAAGAACUCAUUCUGUUGCUCUCGCUCCUCGCUCUUCUCCCGCGGCUUGUGGUGAUGAUCAUGUGGCAUCGAAAGACUCGGAAGAGAGCGCACGCCGGAGAGGCUCUGGGAGCGCGCGGCAAGACGCACCCGAGCUCGCUGACGCUUGUUCUCCUGGGAGCGCCGUGCCCCGCGAAGUCAGCAGAGAGCGACGGCGCGCGCGAGAGUCGCGGAAGUCCGGCGGAGGCUGGGGCGACACUACCGUUGCCUUCUAACGUUUUCGACAUGGAAGAAGGACGGAGAAAAGCCCCCGUGAACCAGGAGCUUGACGAGGUGGAGGUCGAGUUGAUUGGCAGAUAUGAGGUCCGGCGGAACAGGAAAGACGACACCUUCGAUUUCCGCUACGUGUACAGCGUGAAGCUCGUCAGGCUCUGUGACCGGAGUCAAGUGUCUCGACACCGCCUGACUUCGGUCCGCGUUCCUCCGCCGAAGAGCUUUUUGACUGGAGACAUCCAACUGGCAUCUCCAAAGAGUCUGUCUCGUACCCGUACGACUCUCCCGUCUCGAGCCGAGGAAGUUCAUGAGACGCAGGAAGAAAGACAAGAAAAACAGAUCCAAUCUCUUCUCCCUUCAGACACGGCCAUUGGCGCGCACGGCUGGUCUGCUACCUCCAAUGAUCCGCGAAGAGGAUCGACGCUCUUGGCGAAGUCCUCUAUGCAGAGUGAAGCCGUUUGCCUCACCUUGGACAAGCAUCUGUCGUACUGGGACCAAGACAGUCACUACAGAGCGCGGCCUUCGGCCCCGCUUGGCGACUCUUUCGCCUGUUUGCCUUCGCUACGCGAGCAGCCAUCCCUGCGAGAAGAGGCAGCUGUCGACCGUUCGGCGUUCGCAAGCGCCGGGCUGAAGAUCCAGGCCGCAUUGCCGGGGCCUGGCGAGAAGGACGAAGGCCAGAAGCGGGAGCGGAGCGGCGAGAGCACCGUCCGGGAGGACGGCGAGGGGACGCAGUCGCCGCACAAGCGCUUUCGGCCCGGCACGUCCGCUAGGAGGGAGACAGCGAGCGAAGGUGAAUCCAGUGGAGACGAGAAAAGCGAAGCCGUAGCCGAGACAAACACCGAGGGCAGGUUGGAGCUCGUGUCGCAACUCACGUCUUCAGAGGAGCUGAAUCUGACGCUGCUGGAAGGCGUUCAGUCGCCGUUCUCUUUCAACGGCCAGGGCGCGCUGUCGCCGCAGCCCGAGGGCGAAGACGUGAUCCUUCGAGGCGCGAGCAAGGACGACGAGGACCUCACGGUGUCGGCCUUGUCCCACGACGAGGAGACGCCGGAGGCUGAUGCACCUGCCGCGUGCCGGUCUCCAGAGAAGAGCGUGACAGAAGACUCGAUCCCCGCGACCGUGCAGAGUCUCCCUCGGAUCGAGGAAGAACUCGAAGCCGACGCGCUGGCGAGCGGGUCGGAAGCGGGACCACCAGAAGAACGAGAGGGACAGGAGACGGCGCCCGAGCCGCUGGCCAGCGUGGACGAGGAAACUACUGGGGAGGCCCCCAGACAGCCCGAGACGCAGUCGGACUACUCGUUCGGAGACGAGGAGUCUGAGGGCGUCAUCGGUCGUGCGUCCGCUGGAAACGGAGCGCGAAGGAAGACCGAAAAAGCCUCGGAGCCGAGCGUGGAUGCGAUUCAGCGCCGGGACGGUGAGCGGGAACGAGGCCGACAACGCGUCAGAGAAGAUCGAGGCGCAGAGAGCCACGCGGAGUUCGUUCGCAGACGCCACGCGUCUCUCGCUGCCAUUGGACGCCGCGUGAAGGCCGACGCUGCCAAGCGUCGCCAUCGAUCUCUCUCGGCCCAGGCCCGCGGGGCUGACUCUGCAGACCGCGUCGCCUCGCCGUCGUCUCCCUCGAGAGGCGGGAGUCUCGCAACGCGGGUGAUUGCCGAGGUCCUCGCGGAGGAGCGCGCCAAGGCGAGAGAGGCGCGAGACGCCCAGGCGGACGAGGGCGGACGGGCCUUUGCGGAGUCCAGGCAACCGAGGCGAGUCCAAACCCGUGACCUCGCCCGCCUCGGAACCAACCACACGGCCUACGAGGAGGCGUACCGCCGGAUCGUCGAGGGGUGCAUCGCCGUGAAGGAGACAGACUGGACCUUCCUGGCGCCUGGUGACAGCGGCGAAGGCGAGAAACUUCCGGCGUCGGACGGUCGAGGGAGCAGCGAGGAAAGUUCAGCGACUGCAGGCCGUUCCGCCUCGCCGUUUUCCCGCGGUCGAGCGACCCACGCUUGA